AUGGCAGACCCACUGGAAGGCCUGCUUGCAGCAUAUAGAGAGCUUGAGGUGGCAAAGAGCAACUAUGAAAGGGGAAUGAUCAAGGAAAAGAUACGAGGCCUGGAAGCUGCUUUAAAGGAGAAUCCUAUAGGCCCAGUUCAGAAGGAGCAGAGGGUAAGCAAGGUUAUUGCAAUAGAAGACACGCAGAGAACAAUAGAUAGCGUAUUUCUGCUAAAAGACACAAGCGAAAGAGAGUUAAAAGUAGAAGAAGAAUACGAUACAGCGCGCAUAGAGAAUAUAACCAGAUGCAAUAUUCAUAUUAGAACUGCACACUCAGCGCACAUAAGCCAUGCCAAAGACUCAGUGCUCUACAUUACAGCCCAGCAGAUACGUGUAUACUCGUGCUCUAAUCUUACGAUAUACGCAUACACAGCAACUGGUGUAUUCAUUGAAGACUCAGUUGAAAUUCGUGUAUGCGAGUAUACUCCAGACACACGCCCAUCAUAUGAGAAUCGUCCUAUAGUGUAUAGCUUCAAUGCAGAAAGCACAAUUUAA